GUACAUUUGGUAAUUAGACCAAAGAGGGCUGCUAUGAUUUUAGGCCUUUGUAUAGUUUAUUACAAUUGAUAUAUUUUAAUAAUCCCACCAAAGGCUUGUGCUCUUCAAACUACAAUAUUUAUUUUUGGACAAUUUCUCUAUAUAUACCCUCUCUCUCUUUGCACAUUUGCAUGCAUACUCAAACAAGACAACUUAUAGUCAUUACAACCAUAUCUAGUUACAUAUCUCUCUCAUGGCUGCAUCCAACGAUGUCCAAAUUGUUACAAUCCCCAAGGACAGUGUAGACCAGAACCAAUGCAACCUCAGUGUUGUUCCUGAAGUAGAGGAAUUUGACUACUCAAAAAGGGCACAGUGGCUCCGGGCGGCCGUUCUUGGAGCCAAUGAUGGAUUGGUUUCGAUUGCAUCACUUAUGAUGGGAGUUGGAGCUGUUAAAGACGAUGUUAAGGUCAUGAUCUUGACAGGGUUUGCAGGGCUGUUUGCCGGUGCUUGCAGCAUGGCGAUAGGCGAAUUUGUUUCUGUGUAUUCUCAGCUGGAUAUAGAGGUAGCCCAGAUGAAGAGGGAAACAAUAAUGGUCGAAAACGACGAAGAGAAUGUGGAGAAGGAGAAACUUCCCAACCCUUUCCAAGCUGCCUUGGCAUCAGCCCUAGCAUUUUCGUUAGGGGCGAUUGUGCCGUUGCUGGCAGCUGCUUUUAUAGCUGACUAUAAGGUUAGGCUGGCAGUCGUAAUGGCGGCAACCACCGCGGCUUUGGUGGCGUUUGGCGGUGUGGGUGCAGUGCUGGGGAGGACGAAUGUGGUGAGGUCUUGUUGUAGGGUGGUGGUGGGAGGGUUGAUGGCCAUGGGUAUCACAUUUGGGCUGACUAAAUUGCUUAGCUCUAGGGGUUUGGAGAUGUGAGUGCAAAGUGGGAGGUUAGGGUGUCAUAAUUUGUGUGUGUUUUCAUGUGUAAAAUGAUGUUGGGGUUGUUGGAAUGGAUUGGAGAUGGUAAGCAUUAUGAACUGUAACAUGUUUCUCUUGCAAGCUUGACAUGCAAUAAGGUUGGAUGUUUCUGUUGUAA